GUUGUAUAUUUGCAUAGUCUUGCAAACGGAGCUGUUGCUGUCGGUUUAUUAUAUCAGCUUUUCUCCUUGACUCUUUGUUAAGGCUGGUAAGAAAACUUAAAAAAGAAGGUCGGAAGUACGGAGGUUGACAGGUCAUGUGACUUAUCUAACGCUUGUGCGCCAAGGUCGCUCUGUUUACUCUGAAUAACACAGUGAUGGCGGAAGAUGGUAAGGUCAGCGUUGAUGAUGGGAAAUCUACAGACGCUGCAGAGGAACGUCAAGUCAGAUCUGGUGACUUAAAAGUGAAUUUAGCUGAUGAUAUUCAGGCAGACGUUCCGGCCGUUUUACCGUCAGAUGGUACAUCGCAAUUUGAUGAUGCAACCUUAAAAGCGAUGGCGGAGGUGUACUUGAAAGAAGGUGACAACGAGUACAGCAAAGGAGAAACCAACAAUGCUGUACACUUUUACUCGGAGGGACUGCAAGUGAACUGCAAAGAUGUCAAACUAAACGCCAUACUCUAUAGCAACAGAGCAGCGGCUCAGCUCCUUCUGG